AGAAAGGGGGCAGUGGCACUGGGUGACAGACAAAGUGCUAUACACACUGACAUGCUCACACUCGCACACACACACAAACACACACACACUCUCUCUGUUUCCUCUAUGUCUCGUUGCAAACGUGUCAGUCAACCAGUUAGUUGAUUAUUUGUGUGUGUGUUUGUGUGUGUGUUUGGUGGCGAUGUUGAAACGAGCUGCGAACCAUCCUUCAUCUCUAUGACCGGCGGACAAACAAAGCAGAGACAUAGACACAGGGACACUCGGUUUCCCACAGAGGAAAUUCAGCAGCCAGUCUUCUACCAGGCAUCACCACUGCUGCUGUCUAUGAGCUGCACUCAGGCAGAAGACUGGACUUUCCAACAAUCCUGACAUACGGAAAAAGCCCUGUUGAAGCUCCACCCGCAGCAGACGCCAUGUCCUCUCCUCCCCUCCCCAUGUCCUCUCUCCCCCCCAGCCCCCUGGCCAUGGAAUACCUGAACGACUUUGACCUCCUGAAGUUUGAGGUGAAAUCUGACACUCCUCCUCUCCCUCCUCCAUGCGCGUAUCCCAAAUCUGGUCUCUCCCACGACCCGUCGAGUUCUCCAUACGCCGGCCAUCCUCCGCAGGACUCCAGCCUGAGCUCCAGCCCUUACAACUCGCUGCCCCCCUCGCCCACGCUCAGCGACACCCACCCGCCGCCUUCGGGCUCCUCCUCGCUCUCUUCUUCGUCCUCCUCCAUCUCGUUCCCUCUCUCCAUAACUAACAGUUUCACCUCCGCCAUCGGCUCUGGCGCUCAGGGAAAUGUGGAGGGCAGUCCAGGCAACGGGGCUCAGGGUCCCACCCCGGCCUCGCUGGAGGACCUGAUCUGGCUGGCAGCUCUGCAGCAGCAGUUCGGAGGUGAGGUGACAGGGCCCGCCACCCUGCUGGGAGCCCUGGGGGGAGUUCAGGACAGAGGCGACAGAGAGCGGGCGUCUGUUAAUGGCUUCCUGGGCUGUGAGGACGCGGUGGAGGCUUUGCUGAACUCGGCUGCUGCAGCUGUCAGUUCACAGUUUCCAGGCCUUUCUCAGAGUUCGAGCAGCAACCUCGGGGACUCCAGCAGCGAGAGCGGAGGCGACAUCUCCUGCGUCAAGGGGAGCGACAUGUGCCACCGCCCGCUCGUCUUCCUCUCGUCGGCCCCUCCCUCGCUCCCCAACGGCGACCCGGCCUCGAACCCCUACCCGCCACCCCUCAGCCCGCAGGGUCGCCUUCAUCACCACCACCAUCACCAUCAGCACCACCCGCACCAUCCCAUGCACAGCAGCCAUCACCAUCAUCACCAUUCAGUUAAUCAGUGCGGGGUGAACGAGCGCUUCUCUGACGAGCAGCUGGUGAGCCUGUCGGUGCGCGAGCUCAACCGGCACCUGCGGGGAGUGAGCAAGGACGAGGUGGUGCGCCUGAAGCAGAAACGGCGCACGCUGAAGAACCGCGGCUACGCGCAGUCCUGCCGCUACAAGCGCUUACAGCACCGCCACGCUCUGGAGUCGGAAAAGCACGUGCUCACGCAACAGUUGGAACAGCUACAGUGCGAGCUGACGCGCGUGCUGAGGGAGAGAGACGCCUACAAGGCGCGCUACGAGAAGCUCCUCAGCACGAACCACGGCACCGGCAGCGACGCCCCAGCGCCCCGCGCCGGCAAACCGCCGUCCCCACCCCCCGACUACUUCCUCUGAGUGUACAAUACGAAACAGGGGGGGGGGGGGGGGGCAAAGCCAGCCAACGUAUAGUAGAGCAAUCAAUGAUGAGCAAUAAGAACUAGGAAAUGACAACAAGGACGUAUACAGUAUGUGUGUCCGUGUGCGUGCCUGUUUGUGUGUGUGUGCGUUGUGUGCAAGAGAGAAAGUGAGAGACAUUGGCAGGUAGAUUUGGGGGCUGGACAACUGUGAAAAGCAGGCUUCAACAAAGGUGAACAGGGCAUCGGCUGCUAAGUCUGAGGGGUUAGAGCCGCGUCUAGGCUGCUUCUUGAUACUUUACUGUGAAGGAUGGUUGCACAAUGACUGGCUGCGUGCUCACUGAGGUCAUCAGUGCAACUAUAGACAAACAUGACUUUAAGAAACGAAUCCCAAAAAAGAAGCUUCAAAACGUAUCACCAGUCCCUGCACUGCUGAGCAUGUCUCGUAGGCAAUAACGUAUCUCUGCGAUGUAUUCUCCCAACGGGCGUUUGAGGCUCCGACUGUAGUCCUGCUUUGUUUUAAUAAUAAGCUGCUAAAGCUGCGGAGGUCUGAGUAAUGCAGUGGUGCUGUAUGUGGAGUGAAACGGGCUUGGGUAAAUUAUCCACGGUAUGCAGUUAAGCAUUCAUCAGCUAAUAUUUCACAGUUGCCUACCAAAGUGUUGAAGCUCACCAAAACGUGUUACUCUUUGUAAGAUGAAUAAUCAUAGAUUAAAGAAUGUACAAGGACACCUUCAAUGGGUGUCUUCCAAUGAUUGUGCUAAACACAUAGCGGGGAUAUCGCUCACGCGUUUUAGCAAUGAAAAUCUGCUUUUUGCUAGUUAGAAAUGAUGACUUUCCGCCAUUAAACUGUAACAGAGAGCCUGGGCAUUAACAAAGACAAGACACAAGACAAGAACGUGAAAAGAGCCAAAGAGAAACCCAAAGGUUUGGUAUCAUUUGUGUGGUUGCGUCUAGUUCUCCAAAGACCAGUGAGGCAAUUUGGGUCCGAUGGAAAAACUCUGUAACCAGACAAUCACUACAUUAAUGCAACGCGUGGCACCACAGAGCUGGUUGUUGCGUGGGAGAAGAAAUGGUGCAGAGAUAAAAAAUUAAACCUUUUCAUGGAGACACCUUAACGGUCCCAUGAUACCAAUGCCAGUGUUCAUGCUUUAGAGCUAUCUAUUUUGUUUGGGUGUAGGUUAAAUAAAUUGUUUUUUAUUUAUUCACUUAUUUAUUCAGUAUUUAUUGUUUAUUUAUGUACUGAUUCUGAUUAUUUUGCAGAUUUUAUUCCAUUAGUGUGUAUUUUUAUUUCCCAACAGUUUAUUUUAUCCAAUUGUAAUUAGAAUAAACAUUAUCACAAACAUAAUGACCAUUACCAUGGUUUCCUGCUCCCGUUGUAGUGUGGUUUCAUAUGAAAUAAACUGAGUACUUGACUCAG